AUGCUUAUCGAAGAAAGCUGCGUCGACCUCCCCACCAAGCUUGGCGGCACCAUGCGGGUGUUCAUCUACCACCCCAAAAUCCUAGGCUACCCCAAAGCCAAAUUCCCCGGGGUGGUGGUGUACCUGGAGAUCUACCAGGUGACGGGCCCUGUGUCUCGCUUUGCUAAAGACAUUGCCGGCGAAGGCUAUAUUGUCGCUGCCCCGCUGAGCUACCACAAUUUUGAAGGCCCCGAGCCAUUGGCCUACGACACUGAAGGUACCGAUAAGGGCAACGAGUAUAAGAUCACCAAGGAGGUCGCCAGUUACGACGAGGACACCACCCUCACCAUUGACUAUUUGCAGAGCUUACCCACCUGUACCGGUAAAAUUGGUGCCACCGGGAUGUGUUUAGGCGGCCACUUAGCUCUCAGAGCAGCCGUUACCGAUCUGCGGGUACUGGCGGCCACCACGUUCUUCGCCACCGACGUCCAUUCGAAAACUUUAGGUAAAGGUAAACACGACGACACGUUGGAGCGGUUCAAGGAGAUUAAGGCCGAGGUCAUCCUAAUCUUUGGUCGUAAGGAUAACCAUGUCCCCUAUGAAGGACGCUCUCUCAUCCGUGACUCGUUGGAUAAAGCCAAUGUCGCCUACUCUCUCUUUGAAGUCAAUGACGCCCAGCACGCGUUCGUCCGUGACGAAGGCAGCAAAGGCCGCUACGACCCUGCCGUCACCAAGUUGUGUUUCGACUGGAUGUUCGACCUCUUUGACCGCCGGUUGCGCAUCGACUUGGGACCGCCCGAAGGCGACAUUAAAAUUGAAAACGUAUGCUAA